GAUGAUCAAGACUCAUCAAAACAAAAACUUGAUUUUAAAAAAUCUACUGCCAUGGCUGCUGAAAAAAGAUCAUUUCCCUUCUCUGAAUUAGAUAUUCCAACCACAUAUACAUCUGAAAAUAAAUGGAAAAGGCAAUGCAUAUCUUCAGAUUUCUUGAAAAGGCAUGAUAAAAGUAUGAUAGGUUCAAGUUUAAUGGAUGGAAUAACAAACUCACCUGCAGAAGAGGCAAGCAUGGAAUAUGAAAACUGCACAGACGUUCAUCACCAGAAUGGCCAAAUUGCAUUUAGAGAUCUUCAAAAUGGAUAUGACCCACAUGUUGAUAUUAGAUUCAAGAAUGGAUACAGUCUGCAAGCAAAUUCUAGUAUUCAGAAUGGACACAGUCUAAACUCAGAUUGUAGUAUUCAGAAUGGACACAGUCUGCUCAAUGAAACCAAUGACAACAACAACAGCAUCUCAGGGACAUCAGUGUGUAUUAGAUGCCAAGCUGGAGAACCAGGUCACAUUGGACACAUAGGUAGAUGACAAAAUGUGUAGCAGAUAUGUGAGAUAACACUCUAAUAAUGCGAUCAAAGAAAUCUGUCUCUGGAGUUUGGUGAUUAAAGCUCUUCAAUGAAAGGGUAAAAAUGGUGUAAAGUCAUUGUAAGGAGAGCACUUCCUCACUGCUGUAUAUACUUGUAGAGACUGAGGGAUACACAGUUAUUGAUAUGUUUUCAAGUCAAGACAGGAGUGUGCAGCUAUGAAAGGCAAAGCAUUGAUAGUAGGUUUAGAGAAAUUAGAAGCAGGGAAGAGUUUAAUGUCUGCUACAGUGUUGUCAAUGCAUAUUUUAAACUGUAAAAUUCAGGAAGGAAGGACUUGCAGAAUUAUGCAUUUUGUGUUUUAAACGCUGAGAUCUAUUUUGUAUUUUAUUUUUGUAGAAAAAUUCUUUCUGUCAUCUGUCAUCAUAUUGUUAGUAUAUGCCUGUACUUAAGUUGUAUUAUGUUGAAAUUUUUGUAAAUUUAAUGACAUAAAUAAGACUUACUAAUAUUAUGUUUGUAGUGAAAACUUUUGUUUGAAAACAUUGUAAAGAUGAACAUACAAGAGCUUUUGUUUUCAUGUAAGUGUCAGAAACAAAGAAAAAUGCUUUAAACUGCCACAAAAAAAUAACUCACUAGACAUCUAGGCCUCUUCAGUUAUUCUGCUGAAUGUGUUACCUGCCAUUUUUGAAAUAUGUUAACGUGUUAAUGUCACUUUGACCUACGAUAUUAGGCACCAUGCAUGCACCAUGAACUUGUACUCAGGAUCAGUUAUGUCUCCUCGAAAUUAUUUCAGCAGGCAUAUGAAGUCUUUGUAUUGUUUCAAUAUAUUAAGAAAGGUUCCUGUUAUAUAUGAUUUCUUAAAUUUACACAAAAAAAGGAAAAUUUACAGAGGUAGUGAUCAACACUUCAAAUUAUUACAUACCCAUUUUAAAACUGUUAAGUUUCAGUGGAACCUGAAACAUCAAUAUUUUUCCAUAUUGAUAUUCAAAUUUCAUAUCUGGUGUGUGACGUCUUUUCUAACGUAAGUUUCAUGUAUGUUGUCGCGUUUAAAAAUUCUUUAACAACAAUAUUUUCAAUUUCGCUCAGGCUUAAUAACAGAAUUGUAUCAUUUAUAUUAUAGUUUUUGGGGUGUAGAUGUGUAUGUAAUAAAAAGAUAAUUAGAUUUGCAUCAAAAAAUAUGCACACGUUCUUUCGCAGAAUAAUAUUGCGCUCCUUAAGUCAUGCAAUAUUUCCACUGCAGAACUCAUGCAUAUUUCUCGAUACAAAUCUAAUAAUCUAUAAUUGAGCCGUGCCAUGAGAAAACCAACAUAGUGGGUUUGCGACCAGCAUGGAUCCAGACCAGCCUGCGCAUCCGCGCAGUCUGGUCAGGAUCCAUGCUGUUUGCUUUUAAAACCUACUGCAAUCAGAGAAACCGUUAGCGAACAGCAUGGAUCCUGACCAGACUGUGCGGAUGCGCAGGCUGGUCUGGAUCCAUGCUGGUCGCAAAGCCACUAUGUUGGUUUUCCCAUGGCACGGCUCAAUUAUCAGUUGCAGGUCCUAUCAUAUUGUACACCUGAUCAGCCUAUGGCUGUUUUAUUACAUGUAUGGAUUUUUUAAAAAAUAUAUGAAUGAUGAUUAACUAAUUUAAGUUACUGUACAGUAAGAUCAUAUUAUGCAUGGUUUAAUGUUUAGUGUCACGCGUGUUUUCACUGCCCAGUUUAGCUGACUGUAUUAACCUUUAGCCUGCUGGCGGCAAGUGAUUCUGCCUUUGCGACCAGUGCAUCCAUGCAGUCUGAUCGUGGUCUGUACUGAUCGCUAUUCAGUCAAUAAAUUUUCAGUAAACUCCCCUUCAAAUAAUAAAUGGUAUUGCCCAAAUUGAAUGAUGGACCAGUCCAUUUUAGAAAUUUAGUAGGGUAAGGGUUGAAUAACUGAGCAUUAUCAUGAUGUGAUGCACAGUUUGUCAGUUGCAAAGUAAAAACUGCAGUAUUGUCAUUUAUUAGGUAUGCUGUGCAGUGGUAAAAACUUGAAAAUGACUAAACCCCUAAAAACCAGUUCUGAAAAAAAAUUGCUUGAAUUUCACCCAAAAACUCUUUGAAAAUGUUAUGUCAGCAACUUACCUUGGGAAAAGGAUAGAUUUAAGAAAAAAUAAAAGCAAAGUUAAUUAGUGCAAAAAUAUGGUGUGUUUUUUUCACUUAUCAGUCCUGGAAUGUACCAGUAGUGGUUAUAUAGCAGUCAUGACCACAUAUUAUUCACAGGUUACACAGAAUGCAAUUUCAGUUAUAAUGCUGUUUUUCAAAAUAGUUGAUAAAAUUUUAUCUGGUAUGAACGUUGUGAGAAAGAUUUGUAUAUAUUUAAUAGGGAAAGAUUUUCUCAAAAAAAAUUUCUAUGUAUCAGUAAUUGCUUUAUUUUUAGUUUUAAAUAUUUCAUACAAAUAAUUUGUUUCUGCAGUAUUUUUUCUCAUGUAUUUAGUUGAACAUACCAAUGUAAAUUGAGGAUUUAUACAGUCUUUUACUAUAUACAUUGUAUUUUAAAUCAAUGAUCAAAUGAAUUUAAUCAUUUGCUCUUAGCAUGUUUAAAGAAAGAUUUGUAUACGUGUAAGAAGAUGAAAGUGAUACAAGUUUAAGUUAUGCAGUAACAGUGUUAUACUUAAAUCACUUAAGACAGCAUGUUUUAGCAGGUGUACAUAUAAUUGAGAGAAACCAUAAGCGAACAGCAUGGAUCCUGACCAGACUGCGCAGAUGCGCAGGCUGGUCUGGAUCCAUGCUGGUCGCAAACCCAUUAUGUUGAUUUUCUCAUGGCGCGGCUCAUAUGGUGAAACAUCUUUCGUUUAUAAUUGCCAUGUAUCAUGUUUCCUUUAUUCAUGUAUUUUAUAAAAUCAUCUUUAUUAUGUCUGCUUUUACAAUUUUUCAAGUUUAUUAUUUAAUUCACUUUAGAGAUUUUAAAGCAUAAGUUUUUCAAUAUAUUUUUACACUUGCCCAGUUCUCAUCUAGGUAUUCUGGGUUCUAGGGUCCAAGAAGAACUUACCAAGUCAUAUAGCCCUGUUCAUCUGUCAGCUGUAUAUAGCUUGAACAUUAUGUCUAUGUUUUUUGUUUUGAAACAUUCAGUUGUACUUUCCAUAAAACUGCCAUCAAUACUUUACACUGUAAUUCCUAUAUAAGGAAAGAGUGAUGGCAUCAUUGUGUCGAAAAGGGCUGCCAUUUUAUUACAUUGAUAAUAAUUAAAUGGUUUUUAUUCUUUCUGUUUGUUGUCCAAUUUCCAUGACUUUCUGCAAGUUUUAAUUUUUUACAAAGCACAUUUUAAUAGAAAUAUUUCAAAUGUUGCGCAAGUUUAAGCUCAGAAUGUCUCUAGGGGUUUUGCUGUACCCCCAGCGUCAGUAUCAGUGUUGUGUGUAGACACCUUAUAAAGGAUUCUUAUGAAGUUCAUAUCUCAUUUAAUACUGAUCACAAGUGAAUGAAUCUUCACACAUGCUAGGUUUCUUCUAUUUGUUAGGCAGGUUUAUAUUGCAACCUGGCAGCUACUAUAGAUGUGCUCUGUAAAAGACUUUCACAGAGUGAUAGAGUAACUUAAACCAUCAUUUAGAAACAAAGAGACCAGCUUUCCUUUCUGGUAAAAUUCAUUUGAGACUUUAACUAUUUGCAGGUUGUAAUUUUGUAAUAAAUACUGAUUUUAUACACCCACUCAGCUCUCAGUUCACCAGUAAUUAAAGAAAUUCCUGAUAGACAGUAAACACAAUGUUUCAUAUUCAUGUGCACUAUAAAAAAGUGUAAAAUUUUACAAAGUUUCAAAUGAUACAUUAAUAAAAGGUUUUCCAUUCACAGUUAUUUGGUGAUAUAUGAAAGAGAACAAAUGUACACUAUUGUAUGACAAUACCAUUGUAAAAUUAUACUGACAAAGUAUUGAAUAUUUAAGUUUUUAUUAGUAAUUAUUUUCACACACCUUUUUCCUUUUAUUCUUUUUAUAUUUAUGAAUGUGCGAAAUGAGAUAGAUGGACUUGUCAAGUUAUUUCAGUAUUUACACAUACAAAUGAAGUGGGAGUAGCAUUAAACAAAGAAGGUGAUGGUCAGAUGUCUAAUUCAUUUAUCAAAUGAGAACAUGUGAACACAAAUAUUAAUUGUAUAUAUAUAGAAAGAAAAAAGUAGGGGGGGUUUCUGUAAACAAUAUUGGUGAAAUGAUAUAAAGUGUGUCCCUUUUCCUGAGAUUGCAUGCCGAUAAACAUUAAAUAAUAGCGAAAGCUAAUUUUACUGACACUAAAAAACAAAAUUGUACCACCAUGACUACACGACUUUUUUUGCCCCCAAAAGUUGUGGGAGGGCACUUUGAGUUGCCAUACCUUUCUAGUGUCUAUGUUGUACUUUCGAUGAAUGAGAAUAGAUAGUGGAAAUUUAAUGGAAAUGCAAACAGAAUUAAAGAUAUGAAACAGAUAUACAUUAAACUACAGUAUUCUUUGUAAUUUUGCUAUGAUUUGAAAAAAAAAUUAGCAUCUUUCAAAAUUCAUACUAAUGUUGGGGAAGUGGAACUGCUUAUUGUCAUAGAAAAGUGGGGUCACUUCCUGACAAAAAAAUGUCAGACAUCUGAGUUAGAAAUUUUAUUACUGAUCAUGUGUUCAUGUAACUUGUGUAAGUGCCUCGCUUUCAGUUAAGUAAUUUUGGGGUUGAUUGUGAAACUUCUGUAUCGGAAUUUGAAUAUAGUUAGUUAUACAAUAGCUUCAUGAUUAAUGCUUAAUAUCAUUAAUGUGUUGAGUAUAAGGUACUUACAUUAUGUUUAUUAAUAUAUGUGAGAAUAAUAAUGUAAGUUCUUUGUACAUGCUGUGAAUAAGAUCAGAACAGUACUAAAGUGACUGAAUUGUGUUCAUAUUUGUAAGUUUUUAAUAUUCUUUUCUAUUUUAUUAUUGAUUUUUUUUUAUGAAGUCUGUCUCAGGAUUUAUAUGUAAAAUAAAUUUCUUGAAA